AUGAGAGCAGAAACCAGCAGGAAACCAGAUCUGAAUCCUCAUGGAGAUGCUUCCAGCUCUUCAGAGACUGAAGUCAGUGAUGAUGAGGAAGAAGAUGGGAACAGUCCUGAUUCUCAGCUGGAACACUUGUCAGACUCUGGAUCAGAAACUGAAGACAGCAACAAAGACUGGAAGGAGUCAGGUGUAAACUGUGUCAACAACAGUUUCAGCUGCUCUGAGUGUGGUAAACAAUUUCUCCACAAGCGGUCUCUUCAGAGACACAYAACACAUCAUUCAACAGUAAGACGUUCAAACUGUUCGAGUCAUAAGAAAAGAGUCAGAGAGAAAAAACAUGUAGAGUCACACAAAGAAGUCCAGACAGAACCCAAAUCAUUUAGUUGUGAUAAUUGUGGUAAAAUAUUUAUCAGAAAAUCMAAUUUAAACUCACACAUGAGAAUUCACACAGGAGAGAAACCGUUUGAAUGUGAGGUCUGUGGACAUAGAUGCAGCCAUAAGGCUAAUUUAAUCUCUCACAUGAGAAUCCACACGGGACAGAAACUGUUUGUUUGUGAGGUCUGUGGACAUAGAUUUAGCCACAAGGCUCAUUUAAAUUCACAUAUGAGAACCCACACCAGCGAGAAACCAUUUGAAUGUGAGGUCUGUGGACAAAGAUUCAUCCAGAAGGUUAAUUUAAACUCUCACAUGAGAGUCCACACAGGACAGAAACCAUUUGUAUGUGAGGACUGUGGACACAGAUUUAGCCGUAAGGAUAAAUUAAACUCUCACAUGAGAGUCCACACAGGACAGAAACCAUUUGUAUGUGAGGUUUGUGGACAUAAAUUUAGCCAUAAGGUUCAUUUAAACACGCACACGAGAACCCACACUGGAGAGAAACCAUUUGAAUGUCAGGUAUGUGGGCAAAGAUUUAUCCAGAAGACUCAUUUAAAUAUACACAUAAAAAUCCACACUGGAGAGAAACCAUUUGAAUGUGAGGUCUGUGGACAGAGAUUUAGACAUAAGACUAGGUUAAACUCACACAUGAGAGUCCACACAGGACACAAACCAUUUGAAUGUGUGGACUGUGGACAAAGAUUUAGAUAUAAGGCUAGAUUAAACUCACACAUGAGAGUCCAUGUGGGACAGAAAUCAUUUGAAUGUGAGGUCUGGACAAAGAUUUAGCCAUAAGGCAUACUAUUGUUUUUUUUUUUUGUAUUUUUCCUGUUUUAUUACAAUAUUUUAUUUUCUUUUUGAGAAAUAUUGCACUAUAAAAGCUUUGUAUAAUACAUUGUUUUCCUAGCACUUCAACUAAAAGACAGAAAAGUUUCCUGGUGGGUUAAUAAAAACCCAAUAUACAGUGUUAGUACCAUUUUUCAUAAAAAAAAGUGACCAUGCUGAUAUURUUUUGACAGCCUUUCUAUUUUUACAGGAUUCAGUAUUACAUAUGUAGGUUUCAAAUUCCUUUGUAAACGACAAAACGUUACAUGAGAUUUUAUAUUUAUGUAUCCAAAAUGUAUCUAAUUUUCAUUUUCCAUUGUAUUGUCAUUUGCAAUAUGUGCUCAGAAAACAGUUGGUCUAUAAAAGUGGGUUGUUAUACAACACAUUCCAGAGUUUCAUUUAUGAAGUUUGGAAGAAAAAGUUAAUUUUACUGACAAUAUUUUGCUUAUAUUGUUAUUUCUUAGACCAAAGUCCUUACUUUCUUUCUUAAAUCUCAUGAUAGAUGUAUAUAAAAUGGUUAAUAGACAAAUGGUUGAUAAGUUUGUUUUUUUCAAGUAAAGCAAAGUAACAUUUAGGUUUUCAWAUCUUUAACAUUAUUCUGUUCUGUUUGUGGGUUUUCAAAAGCAUGAAAAGACAACCUGCAUAAAACUAUAAUAAUCAUGUUA